GGCGAUAGGAAGCCGGUGGCUCAGGGUCCCGCCCGCUCGCUCAUGGCAUCCAUUACCGCGGGGCCGGUCCGCGCCAUAUUGUGAUGCUGGAGCGCACGGGCGGGGGCCGCCGCCGCCAUCCGCCAGCAUCGGCCGCCCUUCGCUGUGAGCGGCGGCCGAUGAUGCAUGCAAGUGGCCAGGACGGCCGAGGAGGAGGAGGAGGCGGCGCCAUGCCAGUGAUGGCCCAACCGGGCCCUCCGCAACAUCAACAACAUUCUCAACAACAACAGCAGCAGCAUCAUCAUCAUCAGCAACAUCAGGUAGUGCAGGCUGGCCGCUCGCAGGACGACGCGAUGGUUGGAUACUUGUUUGAGAGGCAGCAUGGAGAGCAGGUGGCCGCCGGGCCUGGCUCCAAGCAGCAACACCAACAACCUGACCAGGGUCGCUCCGUGGAAGAUCUCAAUCAUGGAUUCCAAGCUUUAGCUUUGGAAGGAAGGGGUAUGGGUGAGCUCUUGCCAUCAAAGAAAUUCUGGGAAUCUGAUGAUUCUGCCAAGGAUGGAUCAAAGAGCCUUUUUCUUGGUGAUGAAUGGAGGAACAACACGUGGGGUGCAUCAGACCACUCGGUGUCCCGGCCAAUCAUGGUUCAGCGGCGCUCCGUGCCAGGUGGUUAUGGGAGCAGUGACAUGAGCUCGGUGCUGUCUCCACGUUCAGAAGCAGAUGGCCUCGGAGUGAGCAUGGUGGAGUAUGUCCUGAGCCCGUCUCCUGGAGACAAGCUUGAUCCCAGAGCUAGAAAAGCAUUUGGUGCUGUGGAUCAGGAGUCCAAUGAUGUCUCAAAAGUUGACAAAAAGGGCAAAUCUUCACCCUUUGAGGAGGAUAAGGGUGGCGAUCUGAAAAAGGAUGAUGAGAGCGUGAUGAAAGUCGGAAUGGCAAUUUCAAAUGGGAUCGAUACAGAUUUAAAGGAAUUCAGCCGCAUGCCAGGUAGCCGCCAGGAAUCCCCGACUGAGGUGGCCGAGCGUCUGGGUGUCGUCAUGCAGUCAAGUGGCGAUGUGCUGGUACCGCUCGCUGGAAACGCUGUCCCCAAGCAAUGCGUGGAAGAGUUUGGGCCCCCUGAAACGCAAAACGUGCCCAUUGAUCCGCUUGAGCCAGUGAGCCUUGAGUCGCUCCAGUUUGAGUAUUCCAGCGGACAGGUGCCAAUGGACUCUCCUGCCGCCAAUGUCGGCCUAUUUGACUAUCCUACACAGCAGCAGCUAUUCCAACGUGUGUCAAAUAUGCAAGCUGUGCAGCAACAGCUGGCCAACAGCCAGCAACAGCAACAACAACAGCAGCAACAGCAGCAGCAGCAACAACAACAACAAUAUGCCCUUGCAGCAGCACAGCAGCAGCAUGUUGGCAUGUUUUCAGCUGGUCUUCCUCCAACAAUAAUGCACAAUCCCUACAUCAUAAGCCAGGGCCCACCAGGAAGUGACCCAUAUUCUGCUGGGCUAGCUGCAGCUGCCACUCUUGCAGCAGGCCCUGCAGUGGUACCUCCCCAGUACUAUGGCCUCCCGUGGGGGGUCUAUCCUGCCAACUUAUUCCAGCAGCAGGCGCUAAAUGGUGCACCAAAUGGUCCAAACCAGACCGCGGCUUCCCAGGCACAGCAAGGGCAGCUUCAGAUGUUGAGGGCGGCAAGUGGCCAGAGACCACUCACUCCAAACCAAGCCCAGCAGGUCCAGCAGCCAGGAGACAAUUUGACAGCAGCCAACACUCAGCUCGCUUUAAGCCAAGGACUGGCAGCGGCAGCAGGCAUGCAAGGUUAUCAGGUGAUUGCUCCGGUUGCAUACUAUGAUCAGAACGGAACUCUGGUGAUGAAUCCCAAUGUGCGUGCCGGGCUAGGCGCUCAGCUCCGUCUUGCACCCCCAACACCUGUCCUCAUCAAUGCAGCUGCUGCCCAACAAGCUGCCCAGUCGGCCCAGGGUCCUGCCAACAGCAUGGCCAACUCUGUAAACAGUCUGUUCCGCCCAAUCGGAGCACAGCACAGCCAACACAGUCAGCAGCAGCAGCAGCAGCAACAACAAGGGGGUGGAAACAUGGCGUCUAGCCCCUUCUACAGCAACUCCUCACUAUCUGCGGCCUCUCAGGCUAGCUCCCUGUUCUCCCAGAGUGGCAGCUCUCUUGGCUUUGGCAACAACAGCUCCCUGGUGGGUGCAGGCAUUGGAUCAGGUCUCUCAGCAUUUGCUUCCACUGGUAACUCUGCAAUGACAAGUGGAUCUCGGAGGGACUCGUUGUCUGGAAGUCUCGACUACAAGCGUUCAGGCAGCGGCCUGGCCCCCAUCAGCCAGUCAUUUUACAAUGGGCUUGGAUUCUCCUCCUCACCUGGGCCCAUUGGCAUGCUCCCCCCUAAUCAUAACCCAGGAUCCCUCACGCCACCACCCUCCCUGUCCUCUCAUGGAUCCUCAUCCAGCCUUAACAUUGGGUUACCAAAUGGCAGUGGUCGCUUCAUUUCUGCGGCACCGGGCGCCGAGGCCAAAUAUCGCAGUCUGAGUGGCACCACGUCGAGCCUGUUUGGUGGCUCCGGGAGCCAGCUGUUCCCAACACUGCGGCCCCGCUACACCCACAAGACGGAGAUGAUGCCCACUGGGCGCAGCCGCCUGCUUGAGGACUUCCGCAACAACCGCUUCCCAAAUCUGCAGCUCCGUGACUUGGCAGGGCACAUUGUUGAAUUCUCCCAAGACCAGCACGGCUCUAGAUUCAUACAGCAAAAGUUGGAGAGAGCCAUCCCAGCGGAGCGACAGAUGGUUUUCGCUGAGAUAUUGCAUUCGGCCUACCAGCUCAUGACCGAUGUCUUUGGAAACUAUGUGAUACAAAAGUUUUUUGAGUUUGGCAGCCCUGACCAGAAGCAAGCACUCGCCCAGCGAAUCAGAGGACACGUGCUUCCUUUGGCCUUGCAGAUGUACGGUUGCCGGGUUAUUCAAAAGGCUCUUGAAUCGAUUCCUCCUGAGCAGCAGAACGAAAUGGUCCUGGAGUUGGAUGGCCAUGUCUUGAAGUGUGUCAAGGAUCAAAAUGGAAAUCAUGUGGUGCAGAAAUGCAUUGAAUGUGUUCCACCCCAUUCUUUGCAAUUCAUCAUUGAUGCGUUUAAAGGACAGGUAUUUGCUUUGUCUACCCAUCCAUAUGGCUGUCGAGUGAUCCAGCGCAUCUUGGAGCACUGCACUCCAGAUCAGACCCAGGCCAUCUUGGAGGAGCUCCAUCAGCACACUGAACAGCUUGUGCAGGAUCAGUAUGGAAACUAUGUAAUACAGCACGUUCUUGAACAUGGACGGUCGGAGGACAAAAGCAAGAUUGUUGCGGAGAUGCGUGGAAAAGUCCUGAUACUGAGCCAACACAAGUUUGCCAGCAAUGUUAUUGAGAAGUGCAUUACUCACACGUCUCGUGCGGAGCGUGCACUGCUCAUCGAAGAGGUGUGCACCAUGACAGAUGGCCCCCACACUGCUCUCUAUAGUAUGAUGAAGGACCAGUAUGCCAACUACGUGGUGCAGAAGAUGAUCGACAUGGCCGAGCCAACCCAGCGGAAAAUUCUCAUGCACAAGAUUCGGCCGCACAUACCAACUCUGCGCAAGUACACGUAUGGCAAGCACAUCCUUGCCAAGCUGGAGAAAUACUUUGUGAAGAACAGCACCGACCUUGGACCUAUUGGCGCUCCACCCAACGGAAUCCUGUGAGCAAGCUUUGCUUGCGAGAGUCGUAUAAGCAACCAGAGAAUAAUUGUUGUUGUAGUAGGUGUACAUUUAAGGGAGAAAAUAUUUUAUCCCAGGCAUGCUUUAAUUAUUUCCAAUAUCAUAAUCCAUUUUGUGUGUUUUUACUAUAAGGUGUUGAUGUAGUUGGUAGUGUUGAUGUAGUGUAGCAUUUCUAGACUUUUGAUUUGUGUGAGGUUUAGGGAGUAAAUUAUGAAAUCUCUCCAGCAAUAGAAUGUAAAACCUUAUGCUUGAAUAAUAAGGUGUAAAAGUCGUGUUCGGUUGAAACUACACAGUGCAAAUGUAUAAAGCUGACCAAAGAAGUGUUACACUACUCAUGACAAUGGGCUAAUGUUCUACAUUGCAACAUUCGGAUUUUUUUUUAUUGGAGAUAAAAAAAAACCUCAAGGCAAUAUAUAGUGUUGACUUAAACAUUUUGGGCCGGCUUGAUAAGCGCAUUUGUGCCAUGCAGUUUCAACUAAACAUGCUUCUUAAUAGGGACAAAAACCAUCGUGCUCAUACUUUCCCCAGUUGCCUCAAGAGUCGCUGUUACACUGCCCACCGCUUUUUUUUUCACCACCGUAAUGUAGAUAGAAUGUAAAUAAGGUGUAUAAUAACUUGACAGCCACAGCAAAAUAGCCUUAUGGUCCCUGGUACUACUGACUCAAUGGUUUUCUUGGGCCCUUCACACCAAAGAGGCAUGCACUGGGGAAAAAAACUAUAUAGUCCCGUCACUGCUGUAAAGAGAGAUUAAAUAGCAUUCCUCGUGGUUGGUUAACCCUUGCAUGAAGCGUACGUGUAAGCUUUUCGUACUUUAAAUAUGUGCUAAUUAUUUAGACUUUUUAAAUUAAAUGUACACAAUCUGUUUUAUUAUAAUAUAUACAGUAAAAUAUAUGCAUGCAAAACAAGACGUCAAUGAAAACGACUUUUUUUCACUGCUAACAAAGGAAACUGCAUAUCUGCUUAGAUUGUACAUUUGUACAUUUGUAUCCCAGUUGAUGGAAAAAGAGAACCAUUUUACAACUUUUGACAUUUAUAAAUUCAGAUUUUUGUUUUCCAGCUGCAGUAGCGCCAUGCAUUGGGCUACCGCAUGCAUAUAUACAGUGUACAUUCUCAGUACUUUGUGACUGUGGUAACAUUACCUUAAACUUUUACACAGCCCGUGCGAGUUGCAAGCAUUGCAGCUCUGUUUAUAUUUGUAAGUGACAGUUUUUAUUCUGCCUUUUGAGUUAUAUUUUUUUUUAGAUUUUAUUACUGCACUGUUAUAAUUAUACCUGUGAUUGCAGAUUGUGCAUUGUAGAAAUGUUUAAACAAAAAAGCAUCGUAUCUUGUGUUCCUGCCUAUGUAACGUGAUGGGAGCCCCUUUUUGUACAGUGGUGUAUUUUUCAAGUUUGUCUACUUGUAAGUGAGCAGUGUAUGAUAGUGUCCAUUUUUUCCCCCCCAUUUGAAAAUAACCCUGUUAACAUACUAUUAUGUAUAUUAUGUGGAAAGCCUUGUAUAUGACCCAUCCAUUGAAAUGGAGGGUUUGUUCCAUAAAAAAAAGAGCAGAGGCUCAAAUGUAACUAAGUACUGUAUAACCAUUGCCUCACAUGCAUAUAUUUUCAAGCGUUUUAAUGUAUAUUCAGCUAAGGCAUGCAAAUAUGAUGGAAUGUACAGGGUGAGCUAUCUAAUUCCAGUCAGUAUAAACACAACAUCCUGAUGUAUGGUAUACAGUAGUGUAGCAAUACAAUGCAAGAUUUCAGACAUGGAUGUAAGAACUUUUCAGAAUUUAAACAACUAUCUUUUGGCAUUUUUGAAGGCAUGUGGAACAAAUAUUUGUCAUUUGGGGAAAAUAUGCAGCUUUUUUGGGUUCAGUACCGUUUUCCCAAUACAUAUUACUGGGUAAGGAAAUAUAUAUACAGUGUAUAUAUAUAUUUAUAUGUACCUAGUCCAACUUUUUCACUUCAAUCAGGUUUUCCCCUUCUGACUCCAUUGCCACAAAAUAAACAAUUAAUCUAUUUUGUCGUUUGUAUAUGCUGUAACAAACAAUUGUGAAUAUCACUGUAUGAAAUAAACUUUCUGCUCCUUUC